CGGACAAAACGCACAACCGAUGGCGAUGGAAAGACUAUGGACCGUCCAGUUUUAUUCCGACGAUGACGAAGGCUCUUCUGAUGAUGGAUACGUUUCCGCAAUCACGCUUGCCGACAAGGGUAAUCAAAUCAUCUUUGUCUUCCAUCCAAGAAAGCAGACAAUGCAUUCAAUGGUGUACGUGGGUAGACGUGAGGUCCGGCUUGCUGUGAGCAGCAAGCCUGAAUAUACGCCGUUCUCGAGUUUGCUACUGGCUUGUCGUGCUGGGGAUGGGGAUCUUCUACGCCAUGUGGACUAUGUUGGUCACCUGGAUGGCAGGUUAAUUUGCGGCCGCAAGCAUUCUUUCCUAUGGUUUCGCGUGCCUCUCUCCCUUGGUCACUGUGCAGAGACAAGUCUCCCGCUGGAAGUGGGCAUCACCGACGAUGCGCCACUGAUAGGGGCCGUAAUCCAAGAACGAAUACUUUCUCUCAGAAUGGAAAUCCAGACACGUACCUGAC